AGAUCUAUCACCAGGCAAGUAAAAGCUCGAAAGUCAAUGUCUUGCUAGGCAAGAAGUUUACCAACAGAUAAACUCCGAGUUUGGUACAUUUCAAUUAAUGGUGUAAUGUACUUCAUACAGACUUGUAUUUGGGUAUACCUCUGGAGAGAUGACAACAGCGCUGUGGAAUUCAUUGGCAAGAUAUUUAUUGCAGUGGUAUCAUUUAUAGCAGCACUAGGUUUCCUGCUAUAUGGAGGAAGAUUGUUUUUCAUGCUGAGACGCUUUCCUAUUGAAUCUAAAGGGAGAAGAAAGAAACUAAAUGAGGUUGGAUCUGUGACGGCCAUAUGCUUCACGUGUUUCCUCAUAAGAUGCUUUGUGGUGUUUCUAUCUGCUUUUGAUGCUGAUGCAUCACUUGAUGUACUCUAUCAUCCAGUUCUAAACUUGAUCUAUUAUAUGGUGGUUGAAAUCCUUCCUUCAGCUCUAGUGCUCUACAUCCUGCGCAAGUUGCCUCCCAAAAGAAUAUCAGCCCAAUAUCACCCCAUUCAUUAGCCAUGGAACAUCUUUGUUCACUGCAUUAUUAUUCUUUACACCUCAAAAAAUGGUUUUCGAUGGUUCCAGAAGUAGAGGCUAGUGGAAUUGAGUGAGAGAAGCGGAGCCAGGAAAGCAGUCACAUAUAUUUUUCUGGUAUGGCUCAUGAUGUCUGUGAUUCUUUAAGAAUAUGCACAAUACAUGGAGUGCUUCGUGACGAGGCAAGGGAGAUAUGUUGAAUUGAUUUCUUCAUGGUUUUCUGGCUUGAAAGCUAGGUAUUUGUAACAUUGCUACUUUCCUGGGUCAUCUUGUGAAAGGAGUGACCUUGUAAGUUUAAUGUUGUGAGGAUCUGUGCCAACAUCAUUGUACAUUUAAGCAUUGGUCACUGCGUGUGUCUGUAUUUUUGUCUCGUACACAAAUUUUUUACCCUAGUAAACAUGUCACAAGCUUUUGUACUUUCCCUCAUAUGAAUGGUGUGUUUUGAUUUUCUUGUUUCCCUACUCAGCAGCUUGUGCUCCAUUUAGUUGUUGAAAGUUAGAU